AUGGGUGCUCCAGAGUUGUUGCAUGAACAUUAUGAUGCACCAGUCAAAGAUGUCGCACCAGGCAAAACUGGAGGCUCUCCAGGUCCUUCGGGCCCACCUGAGAACCAGUCCACCCUUAGGGUUGUCUGUCUCAUCGUCUCGGCCUUUGUCGCCAUGUUCCUAGUUGCGCUUGACAGAACAAUUAUCUCAACGGCCAUACCCAAAAUCACCGAUGAAUUCAAUUCCUUCGACCACGUUGGCUGGUACGGAAGCUCGUACUUGUUGACAUGCUGCGCAUUUCAACUCCUGUUCGGCAAGCUGUACAAGCUCUUUUCUGUCAGAAUUGUCUUCCUUGUCAGUAUUCUAGUGUUUGAGUUUGCCUCUGCUAUUUGUGGAGCGGCGCCGAAUUCAGUUGCCUUCAUAAUUGGAAGAGCAAUCUGUGGAGUCGGUGCUGCUGGAAUACUGGCUGGAACUAUAAUGUGCAUCAUCCAUGCCGUUCCUCUUGAGAAGCGUCCGCAAAUUCAAGGACUGUUCGGCGCCCUUUUCGGCAUCGCCUCUGUCGUGGGUCCCUUGAUUGGCGGCGUCUUUACGUCGAAGGUGACAUGGAGAUGGUGCUUUUAUAUUAAUCUGCCAAUUGGUGGUGCUGCCAUCGUCUUCAUUGCCUUCUGCCUCCAGGUCCCCAAGCAGGAUACAACAAAGGUCUCCUGGACGGAAAAAAAGCUGCAACUGGAUUUUUUCGGCACUACAUUUCUAGUAUCUGGCGUGGUCUGUCUCAUAUUGGCACUUCAAUGGGGAGGCCAAACGUAUGCUUGGGGCAGUAGCCGCGUGGUGGCUUGCCUGGUUGUCAUGAGCGUCUUACUUAUUUCUUUUGUUGUCGUCCAGGUCUUUCUUCCGAAGACAGCUACGCUUCCAGUUCGCAUCUUUUCGCAGCGCAGCAUCAUUUCAGGCUUCUGGCAGACACUCUGCGUCGGAUCAGGAAUCUAUAUCUUUGUGUACUUCCUUCCAAUCUGGUUCCAAUCCAUCAAGGGCAGUUCUGCUGUGGAAUCCGGCAUCCGUCUGCUACCGACGAUGAUAUCAAUGGUUGUUGGCUCAAUCAGUGGUGGAAUCAUAAACUCCAAGAUUGGAUACUACACUCCAUUGGCCAUUAUCGGAUCCUGCAUCAUGUCCGUCGGAGCCGGUCUCCUCACCACUUUCCAGGUAGAUACCGGGGAAGGAAAAUGGAUCGGUUAUCAGAUCGUCUACGGAAUCGGUCUGGGCUUGUGUUUCCAAGUCCCAAAUCUCGCCGCACAAACUGUUCUUCCAAAGCCCGACGUGCCCUCUGGCUUAGCACUGAUGCUGUUCGGUCAAUUGAUCGGGGCAGCUAUCUUUGUCUCCGUCGGGGAAAAUAUUCUGGCCAAUCAGCUGGUGAAGAAACUUUCCGGGCUGCCGGGGUUCAACCCCCGUCUUGUCACCUCGGGUGGUGUCACGGAGCUGCUGAAUUCAAUGCCGGCACAUCUGCACGACGUGGUUCUCUACUCCUACAACGAAGCGCUCAAGAAGGUGUUUCAGGUCGGUUUGAUUCUCUCGUGUCUGACACUACUGGGUGCGACUACUCUAGAGUGGAAGAGUAUCAAGCAGGGACAACCAAAAAAAGAUCUUGAGUCCAAGGGCGGGUUGAUGCGGAGAAGACCAUAG